UUUCCGGGCUGUUCGCCGCCAGUGUGAACACGUUAUGAAAUGGUUUAUAGUCUGAUGGUACCAAGUGCGAUCCCUGAGAGAAUCGAAAUUAGGAUCUGCUAUAUAAACACAAAAUGCCGGAGUAACUCAGCGGGACAGGCAGCAUCUCUGGGGAAAAGGAAUGGGUGACGUUUCGGGUCGAGCCCCUUCUUCAGACUGAGGGUCAGGGGAGGGCAAAGAUUAUAGAGGAGCUCCUCUAGUAUCUUUGGGGGAGGGGGAGACGAGAUAUGGAAGGAUCUGCUCUGUUGUCAGUGAACAUCAAAUCAAAUAUUGUCGGUCGUUGGCAGGAGUUUAUAUCUUUUAAAAAAAAGGAUGCAUGCAUAGGCGACCGUGAUCACAAGAUGAUUGUAGGCAAGAAAAAACAUUUGGUCCAACCAUCCGAUAAUCAUAGUCUAUCAAUUCAAUAUAUAAUCUUUUAUUUAAUUCGGAUUUUCAUUUUGAUGAUGUGUGGGAGCCUACAAUAAAAACUUUUGUUUUCAAAAAUUACGUUUUACAAUCUCGGGAUGGUUCAAACCAUUCACAAGCAAUGAGUUACUGUUGGCGGAAUCGCACACAUUAAUGAAUGGCAAAUUCCCAGCGACGCAAGUUAAAUAGUUUUAGCCUAAAUUCCCAAACGACCUUUUCAAAAUUGGCUUCUUCUAAUUAGGAUUUAUUUAUUUCUAUGCUGGUGUUUAUAAAUAUAUCUAGAAACGUCUGUAUUUAAUAUAUCUCCUUUCUACCAAAAGUUACUGCAGGCUUUCCUUUUUAUUUUCUUAUCAUUUAUGUCAUAUUUUGUGGUAUAUCUGUAGUAUUCGUCUGUGUGCUGGAUUAAAUCCACGUUGCCUAAUAAUUUUGCUUAUGCACUACAUAUCUUUGUAAUGUAUACUCUGUCCAACUCUGAGUUAAACAGGCUAGUAGCCAAUAACGCAACUCUAGCGGAUUAUACUUUAAUUCAAAUAUCACUGAAUGUAUAGAACGAAAUUCUGCCACCCUGAUAAUUAUCCCAAUUCACUAUUUGUUGAUUUUGAUAGGUUGGUAUGACAUUAUCAAGUGAAUGAUCAGGUUUUUAUACCAUAAAAGAAGAUAACAUAUAUUGUGUGUAGGAGAGGCUGGUUGAAUCGAGAGAUAUUUGAGCGUAACUACAUGGGAUCAUUCAGAACGGAAAAACGUGGUUGGAGCUGAUUUGCGGGGCGGUUGCUGACUGCGGCCAAUGGGUUAAGGCCGUGUGUAGAGAAGGGACCGUCCCCAGCCAAGAAUCAUCGUGUUGCUGCUGUAGGAUCUUUGGUUGCUGCUGCUCGUACACCGCUGUUUCCCUGCCGAUUGCUCAGCACGAUCACAGGAACCUCCGGCCUGGUGUAAAUGGAAAUGCUGCUUCCGCUCUUGCUGCUCUGCUCGGCGUUCGGCUCCACACAGCCUGCAGUCUAUUUCACUGAACAGUUUAAGGACGGAGAUGCCUGGGAGAGCCGAUGGAUUGAAUCCAAACAUAAAUCGGACUACGGUAAAUUCAAAUUGACAGCUGGAAAAUUUUAUGGGGAUUCAGAAGAAAAUAAAGGUAUUCAGACCAGUCAAGAUGCUAAAUUUUAUGCUAGGUCUGCAAAAUUUCAACCAUUUAGCAAUGAGGGGAAAACCCUUAUCAUACAGUUCACGGUGAAACACGAGCAGAAGAUUGACUGCGGUGGAGGUUACAUUAAGCUUUUUCCAGCAGAUGUGGAUCAGGAAGCCAUUCACGGAGAAACUGAAUACUAUGUCAUGUUUGGUCCUGAUAUCUGCGGAUAUAUAACAAAGAAAGUACAUGUAAUUUUGAACUACAAGAGCAAAAAUCAUCUCAUCAAGAAAGAGAUUACAUGCAAGGACGAUGAGUUAACCCACCUCUAUACAUUAAUCCUCAAACCUGAUCAGACGUAUGAAGUUAAAAUUAACAAUGUAAAGGUGGAGUCAGGUACUUUAGAGGAAGACUGGGAUUUCCUGCCAGCAAAGAAGAUCAAAGAUCCUGAAGCUAAGAAACCAGAGGACUGGGAUGACAGAGAGACAAUAGAUGAUGAAAAUGAUAAAAAGCCAGAGGAUUGGGAUAAGCCAGAGAAUAUACCUGAUCCGGAGGCUCAAAAGCCAGAAGACUGGGAUGAGGAAAUGGAUGGUGAGUGGGAGCCUCCAAUGAUCCCCAACGAAGAAUACAAGGGUGAAUGGAAACCAGGACAAUUAAAAAAUCCCGACUUCAAAGGUGCCUGGGUUCAUCCAGAGAUCGACAACCCCGAAUAUGCUCCUGAUGACAUCAUGUAUAAAUUUCAAAACAUUGGUGUGAUUGGCUUGGACUUGUGGCAGGUAAAAUCAGGAACAAUUUUCGAUAACUUUCUGAUUACUGAUGAUGAAAAGUAUGCAGAAGAGUUUGGCAAUGAGACCUGGCAAAAGACCAAGGACUCUGAGGAGAAAAUGAAGAAAAGCCAGGAUGAAGAAGAAAUGAAACGCCAUGCUGAGGAGGAGAAAAAGAAUGAUGGUGAGGAAGAGGAGGAUAAAGAAAGCAAAGAUGAGGAGGAAGAAGAAGUAGAAGAAGUAGAAGAAGAAGAAGAAGAAGAAGAAGAACAAGACAAUGAAUCAGAAGAUAAAACUCUGAAAAAAGAUGAAUUGUGAGAUCGACGUACUUCCAGACCUCCCUAGUCAUCACUGAUUUUUAUUUUCUCCCUACAAUUUAACCUUUUCAACAGUGCAUUCCCAUACAAAAUUUCAAACUGAAUUAUUUCCUGCAGUUUAAAAGCUUCUUUGUUACAAUCUUGAAACUACCAGCCAUUAUACUACAGAAUUGUCUUGUCUUAGAACAACUUCAACACAAUAUCAUUGUGUUGUUGGUGCCCUGGGAGAUUCCAAAUAGAAAACUGAGCCCUCUGUUUGAGAAUCACAACUACUUUUUAUGCCAUCGUAUUUAAUGAAACCUUGAAUUGGUUACAGUUUAACCUGCUGAUAUACAUGAUCUAAACAUGUGCAACUGUGGCUACGAUUUGGCUUGGUGGGUGUUCCUUAUUAUUUCCCAAGCAUGCCCCAUCCUCCUCCUUUGACCCUGUCCAUCCAUCAUUUAAAAUAAAACAUCCCAGCAUCUAAGGUUUCAUUUGGUUGGGGAAAACCAAAGUUUUCAUCCUGUAGCCAUCAAAAUUGCAGACCAGAAGAAUCUCCACAGCAGAUAGUUUGUGUUGCUACUAUGGGUGGGGAGAAUGUUCUGCAACAUUUAAAACAUUAUUUUAUUUUUUCCAGUGCUGCUGCAUGUCUUGUCAGACAUGGUGAAUGUAUCACCUUGAAUUAAACAGUCUGUGCUUGACCCAAUAGAUUGGAACAUUAAUGCUGUCUCGCUUCCAAAGACCAAGGGUGAAACAGUGACCUUUUUUUUUUAAUAAGGUGUGACUAACCAAUAUUGUCAAUGACAUUAUGUGGUGUGUAAAAAAUGACCUUUUAAUUAAAAAGUUUAGUUGUACGUAAAGGAUACUGGAAACCAAAAUCAAGAAGACAUUUUUAUUGGAUUGAUUCAGAAAAUCAGGAGUAUGUUUCAUUUUAAUGAGAACUGAUGAAUAAAUAAACCAUCACAUCUGAACUGCAUUUAACAUCAGUGCCUGAUGAUACAUUCUACUGUCAAAAUAUUGUCAGGACUUGGUGUAAAUAAUUGCAAUCUGAGGUCCCCUCUUUAUUUAGUUGAGGCCUUUUAAUUUGGUACAUUUUUAUAUUGAAAAAUGAAGUUUGUCUUUAAAUGAUUUUGUAGAAUCUGAAUGUAUUUCCAGAGAGACAGUUCAUUUUAAUAAACCUGUACAAAAAUGGGCAA